AAAAAAUACGUAGAAUUUUGGUGUGAUUUUGUUAAAACGUGUUGGAGAGUAAGGCUGUGCAUCGUGUCCCGUUGGAUUUCGGUGGAAAAGAUUGGAAUCAUCGGCUUAAUCGCUUCCGAAGCCGUGCUCCUGAUUGGCAGACAAAAUCUACCGACCGCAACGCAACUCAACACUAGACAGCAAUGGCCAAGGUGCACAUUACCAACGUCGUGGUGCUGGACAAUCCGAGCAGCUUCCUGAAUCCAUUCCAGUUCGAGCUGACGUUCGAGUGCAUCGAGGAGCUCAAAGAGGACCUCGAGUGGAAGAUGAUCUACGUCGGUUCGGCCGAAUCGGAAGAGUUCGAUCAGGUUCUGGACACAAUCUAUGUCGGGCCUGUGCCCGAGGGCCGACACAUCUUCGUAUUCCAAGCCGAUCCUCCGAACGUAGCCCGAAUCCCCGAGCAGGAUGCCGUCGGGGUGACGGUAGUUUUACUCACCUGCUCCUACCGGGGUCAGGAGUUCGUGCGGGUAGGAUACUUCAUCAAUAACGAAUACUCCGAUCAGGAACUUCGGGAAAACCCUCCGGCAAAGCCCCUGUUCCAUCAGAUGACCCGAAACAUCCUCGCUUCCAAGCCCCGCGUCACUAGGUUCAAAAUCAACUGGGACGACACGCCGGCCAACGGCAGCGGAACGGCCAGUGGCAUGGAAGACGAAGGCGGAAUGGCCUUGGACAAUGGGACCGAGGAAGCCGUGACCACUGCCACCACCGUUGCCGAGAUGAUGUCCGAGGUGACGCAAAACGAGAGCAGCAGUAUGACCCUGCCGCGAGAGUUCAACGAAAACUCCAACUCGCUGGCGAUGGAAUGUUGAGGCCACGCCGACACCGGAUAAGAAAAAAAAAUAGUUUCCUUUGUCACACCUCUGUAUCCGUAAGUUUCUUUUGUUUCUCUUCUAAUCAUAGUUAGGCUGCUUUUGUUCUGUAGUUAGGUGUUUUACUAAGACCCCUUUAAGAAGCAUCAGUGUUAACAACUAACUACCAACAGUCAUGAGAUCAUUUCCGUACAAUAUUUUGAUUAUUUUCCUGUGCCGUUCUCUUCGUAUUAAAUAAAAAGUUUUGUCGUUCUGAAAAAAAGUUGAGUUGGUAUAGCUAUAGCUUGAAGCGCUAUUUCACAUAUCGAAACAUAAGUUUUUUUUUACCGAACUAUUAAAUUAUACACAUAUAGACACUCGCGCGUACGUACAUCGUAAGGAUAGCCAAUAAGAAUCUGUACAUAAUAAUAACAAGAGCGCAGUUUGGGAGCAGUUAGAGUAAUAAAAUAUUAAAUUUUCAAA